AUGGGUUGCACAUCUGCUAAAGGCUUCAAUGAUAAAUAGAAGUGGUAAUAAUAAUUGGAAUACAUCGUUUAACAAUAUGAGUCACUUGAAUUAUACAUUUAGAAUUAAAGACAAAAUGUAUUCAACUAUCUCUCUUAAAAUGGAGAAUCUCUCUUACGCUUGGAAGUGGAGAAAGAUAGAAACCUUAUGAUUAAUGUAUGCUAAGAUAUAUCUAAUUUCCGUAAAUACAGGAAAGUCAAUAAAUAUAAAUAUGAAGUGACUAUCCCAAAAUUCUUUAAACAAAUAAAAUACUGCUACCAUAAAAUGAAAAUAGUAGAUGACAUAUAUUAAGAAUUUUUCGGAUAGUACUAAUUAAUUAAGAUUUCUACUGAGGGACAAAAGUUUUUUAAGAAAAAUUAAAUAAUCUUCACUCACAUUUAAGACUUGAAACAGAAGAUUAAUGGUUACCUUUAAUUUAAUAAGGAUCUUAGCGAAGAAGAAAAUAAACACACUUUGCUCAGCGAAAUCAAAAAUUAGCCGACUUCUGCUAGCGAAUUAGAUUUAAUUGACCUAAAAAUAAAAUGA